ACAAGGAGCUUUAUCCGGCACAAAACCGUCAUGAGCUUUAGAAAGAUUGUCUUUAUUUUCGAGGUGUUUUUCUCCUGUUUAAUGGUCUGUUCGGCCCAAGAAAGCUACCACUACAGCCACUUUUCUGGGCCCGUUUCAGGAUCCGUCAGUGAGAUUUCCGUGCCCAAAUCUCUCGAGUUGUACGGAACCGACCGGUCCUAUUACAACCCGAAUGACAUGUCUUUCGAUUACGUGGCCAAACCUGACUACGCUUUCGUGUACGGCGUGAACGACCCCGAGACCGGCAAUAGCCAGAAGCACGAAGAGACCCGGGAUGGCGACGUUGUCCGGGGCGAAUACAGCAUACUCGAGCCGGAUGGCAGCAUACGCCGAGUCGUGUACACAGCCGACCCUGAAAACGGUUUCCAGGCGACAGUCCACAGGACGCCGCCACCUCAGCAGAACUCGAACAAUUACCACAACGAAGACGACUACUACUAUUAGUUGGCAAAUUAUAGAAAGGUGUCCUUUUUCUUUAUUUUAUGUAACGGUGGAGCUGAUCUCAUCGAUUCGAUAGGCAUUGGAUGACGUGACAUAAGGCUCAAUUGCUCUCAAGCAACUCCGGUCUUUUCCUUUCAAAUCAAAAUUAAGGUACAGCAGUUUUUCCCGGUUACAUCUUUUUAGUGUGGAUGAUGAAAAAAAAAUCCUUUUUCUCUCAAUAUAUGAUAAAGCCCAAGUUAUUGCUUAGUCUAUACCACAUUAAUGUUUGAAAAAACAUUGACCUAAAGGCAAGCCUUUGUUCCUAUAUCUCUGAUCAUCCUGAUCAGUGCUUUGUCGACACUUGUUUUACUACAAUUACAUCUCUUUAUUCCUGACUUUUAUUUUUUCAAAAAAAUAAAUAUAAAAUACCUCACAAUCUGUCUAUUUGAGUUUAAUAAGAAGCGAGAGACAACAUGCAGACAUCCACCGAACAUGGCGAAAUUCAAAUCAAUCAAUCAUUGAGAAAAAUUUUCUCGGUUAAACAAAAAGACUUUGUGAACGGCUAACGAGCCUGAAACUCGGCAAAACUAGGCGGACCAGGAUUAUCAAGGAGGAUCUUUCAAGGAUUUUUCAAUCUUAAAACUGACAAAACAUUAAUCUAUUACUAACCAGAUUAAUAAACCUUAUUUUAAAAUUUUUUAAAUUAACAAAUUUUGAACUUAACUCAGACUUUUAUUUACGAUGAGCCGACAUGCGCUAAGGAAAUGAUAUUUUUCUCUUUUUACUAAACUGACACCUUACUUGUUAAAUUGACCACAAUUUUAUCAAUUUUAUGCCAAAUAUCGUAGGUGUAUUAUCUGUAUAAUAUACGUUAUUUACUG